AGUUGUCUGCGCGCACUUUAACCGAGCGGCUGUUUAGCUGUUUAUACGGUCGACGAAGUUCCUUUGCGGCCACUUAGCAUUGUUUUUGUGUGUCGUCGCUCGCUUGACGCUUGUAUUAACAAAAAAUUUAGUUAGCCAGUUUGAAUUGGUUGCAAACGAAUUGAGCUAUUUAUCAAUUUGAGGAAAUCGGUAAUAAAUAGUGUCUUAGUUAGAGUCGCCAUCUGAAUAUCUGCAUCUGCAUAUGCGUAUGCGUGUGUGUACGUGUGUAUUAAAGUGUGAAAUGGCGAAAAUCAAUAACAAAGCAAACUGCGAAUAGGGUCAAAAUAAAACACGCAAAAAGCGUUUUAAUUCCAAGUAUUUCUUAAAAAGAAAAAAAGAAGAGAAACAAUUUAUAAGCGUGUCUGUCUGUGCCUCUAGUGCAUGUGUGUGUGUAAACAGAACAACGCGCGUGAUUCAUACCUUGAUACUCCGGGGGCGGCACAGGAAAAGUCGUCGACAGCGCGUGUUGUUGUUGGCCCGAAAGACACGGACACGGAGUCCGUCCAUUGAACUGCCGCGGCUGACGACGACGUCGACGACGGCAACGGCUGGUGCUGCUGCGACGCGACUGCGACGCAAUUGCUUCCUGGCGAAACGACGCCGACAACAACAACAUGGACAAAACAAUCUGUGCAAUAGUGGAGUACGAGUAUGCUGCCAAGGAACCAGAUGAACUGGAUCUACACAAGGGUGCCAUCAUACAUCGCAUCAAACAGAUGCCCGGCGGCUGGUGGCAGGGCACACUGAAAGCCUCCGGCGUAACGGGCAUGUUUCCGGAUAACUUUGUUCGCGUACUGGAGCCAAGCAGCAAUGGCAACCACAGCGAUGAUAGUGCGGCAGUGCAGCUCAGGGAGAAAUCAGCGACAUCGAAUCGCCGCUGUAAAGUCAUCUACAGUUACACACAAGUCAACGACGACGAACUGACGCUGGCCGUGGGUGAUGUCAUUGAAUUCCUAGGGGAGGUCGAGGAAGGCUGGUGGCGUGGACGUUUGCGCAGCAAAGUUGGCGUAUUUCCCUCGAAUUUUGUGCAACAUAUCGAACCGUCGCCGAUUCUGGCCUCCAAGCGGCCGCCAACGAUUGGUGCAACGGUCACGACAGCGGCGCUAACAGCAAAAGCUGCCAACAUAGCGACAGCAGCCGCAGCAGCAGCAGCAGGAGCGACAACAACAGCAACAGCAACAACAGCAGCUGCUGCGCCUGCAGCAGUUGCACCUGCAACUACAGCCACAGCAAAGCAAUCGAAAAGCAGAGCCACGGCGUCCACAGCCGUUGCAAGUGGAGCAGCUGCUGCGGCUGCGGCUGCUGCUGCUGCUGCUGCUGCGCCCACGUUACCACCGAAGCCACAGCGCGACAUGUGUCGCGUGGAGUUUCCCUAUGCGCCGCAGAAUGAGGACGAGCUGGAGCUCAAGGUGGACGACAUUAUCAAUGUCAUUAGCAUGGAGCUGCCGGACAAGGGCUGGUGGAAGGGCGAGCUAAACGGCAAAGUGGGCGUCUUUCCCGAUAAUUUUGUCAAACUCUUGGCGCCCUCAGAAGUCGCGCCUAUUAACGAGCCAUCAUCAGCAGCAGCAGCAGCAGGCACAACGCAGCAAUCGCAGCGCAAGAUAAGCAACACGAGCCACAUGACCACAACGAACUCCAGCAGCAGCAGCAGCACCACCACCACCACAGCGGUGACGCAGCAGCAGCAGAGCAGCGCUUCAACCACAUCGAAGGUCUAUAUCAAGAAGACGGGCAGCAGCAGCAAUUCGUCUGCAACGGGACGCAAGGAGAGCUUUGGAUCUCGCGAUUCCCUCAAUGAUAUACUCAGCGAAACGGGUCUGCCGAUUGGCACUGUGGCCGCCCAGCGUAAGUCGUUGGAGAACAAGAACCUCGAUCUGAGCAAGCUGCCCGGUGGCGCUGGUAAGCAGCAGGGCAACACGAUCAUAACAACAACAACAACAUCCACGAGCAACAACAGCAGCAGCAGCAACACUUCAGCCGCGACGUACGCGGAACUGCGCAAGAGUCUGGACAACAUGGAUGAGAAGAUGAAGUCGCCAACGCCGCCAGUGGUGGGCAAGAAGCCCAGUGUGCCGCUUAAGAAGACGCCCACGGGUGGUGUCCCGGGCAGCAUUCUGGGCGGCGGCAUGAAGAAGAAGAGCGCUGAAAGCAAAUUAACCAGCGCCGUAUCGCACGACGUUUCCGAUGGAUUGGCUGGCAGUAAACUAGUAGGCGGACAGCUGCCCGAAUCGGGCGCCUCUGGCAAUGUGGUUAUGAGGCGUGCGGCUACCAUAGCCGUUGAGGAUACGGACUUUGAUACUGUGGAACGCGGCUCUAUAUUGCAGGACAUGCGCGCGGGACGCGUCAAGGCGCCCAAACGUCGUCCGCCUUCGGCGGCCAUCAAUGUGCUUGGCGAGAGCAACAACAAUUCGGUGUAUGUCAAUGGCAGCGGCAUGGCCAGCAGCGCCAGCGAGUUAAGCGAAGAUGGCGGCGUUGGUGGCAAGCAAGCGACAGGCUCGUCCGAUGACAAUUCGAUGGGCGAGGAACCGCAGCUGGCCAAGCCCAAGCCACGCGAAUGGGAAAAGAAAAAGGCGCCCUGGAUGGAGGAGCUGAAAGCGUCACAGGUGACGCGCAAAAAGUCGUCGCCCAACGUGGAGCCCCGUGGCGGUCCAGUUUCCGUUGCUGAGCGCACUUCAAAGCUGUUUGCAACCGACCAAGCGACGGUCGUUACCAGCAGCAGCAACACUGCAACCAGCAGCAACACGACUGCAUCGAAAGUGCAAUCGAGUGCGGUGACCUCAUCUAGCAUCAUGCAGCAGUCUAUGAUCGUGGAGAGCAGCACCAGUAGCAGCAGCAGCAGCCAAAAGAUGGAGUCAGCCACCACAAAUAUUAUAAACAGCAGCAGCAGCAACAACAGCCACGAUGCCAUCAUGUCCAAGAGCAUGUCUGCAGCAAAGACGACGGCGACAACAUCAAUAGCACCAGCAGCAGCAGUAGCAGCAGCACCUAUUGCCGCACCCACUGCCAUGAGCAGCGAUGAGGAGUCACGAGCGACACGCCCCAAAAGCUUGGCGAUACGUAAUCGCAGCGUGUCACCCCUGGUUAAGACGAGCAACAACGCCAGCAGUACGCAGCAAGCGGAGAGGAGCAACAAUGUCAGCGUGAAUGACAGUCCUGCGACAUCGUUGCUCAACAAUCAUCAAAGCAACCUAGACGCCUUGCCACGAGUGCAGGAGCUCGAGUGCCGCUUAGAUAAGUUGGAGACGACCGUCUUGACGCAACAGCGCACCAUCGAGGAGCUGAUCCGGACGCUGCGCGAGGAGACCGAGCGCGUGAGGGUGCUACGCGGCGAACUGGACAAAUAUGCGCAACAACAAACACGUCGCGGGAAAUUUGAUAAUUGGAUGUUCUGAGUCAACAAAUUCAGCA